AAUAUCAAUGAAUGUAAUCGAUUUUGGUUAUCUCUCAGACUCCUGUCAGAUCUUGUUGAUGAUUACACAGUCAAGGCAUUAAUAUAUGUGAUGGAGCUUUAAACAGGAUUCUCUGAAGAGAUGACUAAAGAUGGAAAAGGGUCAGCCACAAUCCGCAGACGUAAAAUAAAACACAGUCAGGAUGAUUUGAACAAAGCUCGCACAAGUUGCCCCAGCUCGCCAAUCACAUCUGAUGAUGAGCAACAGCAUGAGGUGGAUGAGGAAGAAGAGGGCUAUUUGUUUGAGGAUGAAAUUCUUGGUCCAUCGGUAGUGAAGAAGAUUAUGUCAUCAGAAAAGACAAUAUUCUUGGGAUUGCUGGCCUUCAGAAUUUCUAAUGCUCUGCUCAUUCAAACGUCUUUUGUACCUGAUGAAUAUUGGCAGUCACUUGAAGUUGCACAUAAUAUGUCUUUUGGGUAUGGUUAUUUAACUUGGGAAUGGAAACAUGGAUUAAGGGGAUACCUGUAUCCUUUUGUAUUUUCUUCUCUAUACAAAUUCCUAUACAUAUUUGGACUAGAUUCCAGAAUAUUGUUGAUAAAACUUCCAAGACUUCUUCAAGGAGUUUUUGCUGCUUUUGGUGACCUUUACCUUUUUAAGUUGUCAUGGAAACUAACAGAUCGAGCCACAGCACAGUGGUCACUAUUCUGUCAGGUGACUUCUUGGUUCAUGUUCUACUGUAUCACCAGAACUCUUACAAACUCCAUGGAAACAGUCCUAGUUACUGUAGCACUGUAUUAUUAUCCAUGGCCAAAGUGUAAAAGUACAUCCUUGACAAAUUAUUUAGUAUUUGCAUCAUUAUCUGUUCUAGUCCGACCAACAGCAGCCAUCAUUUGGUUGUUAAUGUGUUCUUGGCAUCUACAACAAUCGUCUCACAACAUAUUCAAAAUUCUUAAACAGUAUUUUUUCAUUGGUUCUGUCAUGUUGGUGUUUAGCUGUAUCAUUGACCGUUGGUAUUAUGGAGACUGGAUAUUAGUGCAAUACAACUUCAUAGAAUUUAAUGUCCUAAAGGGAGGAGGUUCAUUUUACGGGACACAUCCAUGGCAUUGGUACAUCACACAAGGUUAUCCUGUCAUCAUGACCAGUCAUCUUUUCCCUUUUGUAAUGGGUGCAUGGAAGGCCAGAAAUAAAGUUCUCUUAUUUCUCAUUGUAUGGAUGAUAUUUUUCUACAGCUUUUUAUCACACAAGGAAUUCAGAUUCCUACUGCCUGCAUUACCAAUGUCAAUGCAUUAUUGUGGAGUAUACUUCAACAGUUUAUGCAGAAAACCAAGAAUUAAAAAGAAAAAGCUAAAGAAAAGGUCUGAAAGUAAACAAACAAAAACUACAAGUAGCUCAGACAGUCUAGUCAGCAGUGAUGGCUCCACUACACCCAUCAUACACCAGUCAACUGGAACUGUACAUGUCAUUGAUGGUGCCAUUGAUGAAUCACAGGAAGUAGAUGGGGCUUCUGAAGUCACUGACAAAUCACAACCUUCUAGUCCAUCCUCCAAAUUAUCCAGUGAAGAUCCCUUUGAAAAACAACAAAGAAAACACAAACAUAAUUUGACAAUGGCUAAAUAUUUAGUGUUCAUAUUGAUUGGACUUAAUUUGAUACCCGCCAUGUAUUUUGGAGUGAUGCAUCAAAGGGGAACAACUGUUGUUAUGAAGUACCUGUACGAUGAAAGCCUAGAGAAGGAUAUGGAUGUUUUAUUUUUAAUGCCCUGCCAUUCCACACCUUAUUACAGUUACCUACAUCAGAAUAUUACCAUGAGAUUUCUCACAUGUGAACCAAACCUGAAACAAGUAGAAGACUACAUAGACGAAGCAGACGUAUUUUAUGAAGAUCCAGAAGAUUGGUUAAAAAUAGAAUAUAAGCAGCAGAAGAGACAAUUACCAAGUCAUCUUGUUUAUUUUAAUACUCUACAGUUUGAUAUUUCUUUAUUUUUAUCUCAGAGUGGUUACAGACAGUGUGGGAAAUUUUUCCAUACACAUUUACCGGAAGGUAGAACAGGCAGCCAUGUUAUUGUUAGUUGUAGAUGAUAAUUGUUUUAACGUGUUAUUUUUUUUAUCAAUCGGGACCAUUUUGACUUGCAUAUCACUUAAUAGCUUAUUGGUUUUGUAUAGCACGCAAAUUCUUUAAAAUAGUUGAGACCCCACUAAAAAAAAAGAUAAAGAUGUUGAAUAUGACACUUUUUCAAACAGAAAUUACUGAUAAAUAAGAAAAAACUAUGGAAAUUGUUGAAAGAACAGAAAAUUGCAAUUAAAUUUUAUACUUUUUAAUUUUAUUAGGGUAAAAGAAAAAAUAAUAAAGAAACUUUUCAUUUUUAUUUUUUUCUAAGAAUUGUUUUUGCGUUUAAUAUCUUUAAGGAUUGUGGUAUUUCCCCCGAAAGCGUGUAAAACUUUCUAAAAUGAUCAUAUGUUGUUUUUACUUUAUAUGUUACAUUUGUUAUUUGCUUUUUGACAACUUAAAAUAUUCUAUGCAGAAAAAAAAUCAUCUUACUGCUGAUGUUUCUAAUUUUGUUGAAAUAUUUUUAAUCAUGAUCAUGAUAUAAAAAUGAUUAUAUCCGUCCAAGAAACAAUUAUGUGAUAUCUGUUCAAAAUACAGUUGAGAAGUGGUAGUUUAUAUUUGAUGCAUUUUGGGUGAAUUUUGAUGUAUGUGAGAAUUUAGAGCUAGCAAUUCACAGAAUUCUGGUUUGUUAUAUUAUAUUCCAUUAGACGUUAACUCCCUUGCAAUAAUUUUUUUUCAAAUGUCAAAAUGUUGUUUUUUUACACUGCUGUUCCCAUUUAUCAUGUAAGAUUAAAAAAUUAAAUUUUAAGAAGAACAUCUGAAUUGGUUAUGAGAUUGAGUUCAUUUUUAAAGGUAAUUUAAAUAAGGGAAAUAACUCUGUUUUUUUAGCAGAACAUUUUGAAAGAAUUUUAAUAUUUAUUAAAGCAUUGUUUUGGCUGUCAUUCUGCAAUGAAAAACUUUUUUAUUGCCAGUUGGUAUUUUCUUAAAAUUUUUCUUUAUCGUAAACAAAGAUUGGGUUUUCAAAGCAGGCUUCUGCUGUUUUGGCAAUUGGAUAUUUUGUUUGGAAAAUAGUGGAUUAUUUAUCUAUAAGAUUUUGAAGCUUUGUUCAGUUGAAUUGUUUAUUUUUCUAAAUUGUAAUUUAAAAAAAUCAAAUAAUAGGAAUAUCAUUUAAUAUAAAUUCUGGAUACCAACUUUAAUAAUAGAAUCAUGGCCUACCAGUUUACAAGAAUUUCAGGGCCAUAAUUUGAAAGUUUCUAAAAAUAUAUAGAGAGUAAAAAAAGCAGAAUUUGACUUAUUUUAGAAAAAUGUUCAGUAUUUGUUAAUUUUUCCUUACUUUAGGACACUGUUCAUCCUCCCCUUCCCCCUUACAAAAAAAAAUAGGACAGCAGGGAAAAUGAAUCAAUUUGUUCAAUUUUUGUUGGUAAAAUGACAAUUCCAUAAUAUAGGUGGAUGCUAGAAUCACAAACAAUCAUUUAUAAUCAUAAAUUACUAUUGAGUGCAAAGAGUACUUAAAAGAAUAUAUUCUCAUUAUAACAGCAAUUUGUGUUAUAUUAACUACCGCAGCUUACAUGUGACAUCAGAUCAUUCUGUUUACAUCAUUCUGUUAACAACUGUUAGUACCAAAUUAAAGGAAAAAAAGCAUACUGGAGAUAAUUUGGCACUCAUAAAAUGAAAUAAUGUAUGACACCAUUAAUAAAAGCAUUGUUUUAAUUACUGUGGAUUCAUUAUUAUUUGUUGGAUACCAAUUUUCGUGGAUUUCGAGGCUACAGGUGAACCAUGAAUUUAAAUGUUCAACUAAGUUCAAAUUUUCUAUAGGUUUGUAUGCAGACUUUUGUAAAACCACAAAAUCAAAUAUCCACGAAAUACAUUUGUCCUUAAUCCACGAAAAUUGGUACCCACAAAAAUAAAUGAAUUCACAGUAAGAAGAAAGACUGGUGAAUAUUAUCAAUUCCUUGAUGACACAAUUUGACUUUGAAAUCAUUAAAGAAGUCACAAGAGAAAUAUUUUAGAUUUGUAGCAAAAUAUGCGAAUUUCAGGAACAUUUUGGCAAAAUUUACAAUAAGCACAAGUGUUUCCACAAAAAGUAUUUUGCCAGUGAAUAGAUAAACACAAAUUAAAUACAUUUCCUGUGUGAAUAUUUUUCGGGGACAGUAGUUCUCUGUGAUAUUUCUACACAUGUGAAAGUCUUAAAGUAAAAAUGUUGCAUUCAAAUACAAUAACCAAUACAAUGAAUGCUAAAUAUACUCUUAGAUUUCUUAAAUAUAAUCAGCAAAACUGUCUUUGAUUAGAUUGAUUUUUUGCUAAUGUUAGAUUUCUGUACUAAAACUUCUUUACGUACAUACCAAAAUUCUUAAUAUGCAUUGUUUUAGCUGUUUACACUAUGAAGUACAGUCCCAUAUAAAAAUGAAGCAGUAUUUUUUAAAUGGCUAGAACAAUAAAUUAAUACACUUUUUAAUGAUUAUACAUAAAGAUUUAGUAUAUAUGUGCACAGUGAAGUUUUCACAAGCAUUUAAUUUUCCAUAAUUUGUGUGUCACAAAAUGGGAGAUAAUAGUACUUUCAGCUGAUCUUAAAUUGAUUUGAAAACCGAAAUGAAGUUAUCAUGAAAGAAAUCAUUUUUGUCUAGCCUUCGACUUUAGUCGAAAAAGCGAGACAUAGCAAUCCUACAUUCCGUCGUCGUCAGCGGCGUCCACAAAUAUUCACUCUGUGGUUAAAGUUUUUGAAAUUUUAAUAACUUUCUUAAACUAUCCUGGAUUUCUACCAAACUUGGACAGAAGCUUGUUUAUGAUCAUAAGAUAGUAUCCAGAAGUAAAUUUUGUAAAAAUAAAAUUCCAUUUUUUCCGUAUUUUACUUUUAAAUGGACUUAGAUUUUCUGCCAGGAAACAACACAUUCACUCUGUGGUUAAAGUUUUUAAAAUUUUAAUAACUUUCUUAUACUAUUUUGGAUUUGUACCAAACUUGGACAGAAGCUUGUUUAUGAUCAAAAGCUAGUAUCUAGAAGGAAAUUUUGUAAAAAAAUAAAUCCAUUUUUUCUGUAUUUUACUUUUAAAUGGACUUAGAUUUUCUGCCAGGAAACAACAUAUUCACUCUGUGGUUAAAGUUUUUAAAAUUUUAAUAACUUUCUUAUACUAUUUUGGAUUUGUACCAAACUUGGACAGAAGCUUGUUUAUGAUCAAAUGCUAGUAUCUAGAAGGAAAUUUUGUUUUCUUCCAGUUAACAUUACAUUCAGUCUGCAGUUAAAGUUUUUAAACAUUUAUUAGAUUCAUAAACUAUCCUGGAAUUUUACCAAACUUGGACAGAAGCUUCUUACAACCAAAAGAUAGUAUCAAGAGGAAUAUUUUUAUUGAUUUACUUCCUCAUUUUUGUUGAGCCUGCGAUUAACAGAAAAAGUAGGCGAGACACUGGGUUCCGCGGAACCCUUACGAAUUUUUAAUUUCAAAGCUUCUCUUUCUGCCACUGAUUUUAAGAAAAUCAUUUGUCAUGCAUGAGUUAUUUCCCCUAAUCAUUUAAUCUUUGUAAAAAUUAUCUUAAAUCAUCUUCACUAGCGAAGGGUUACGAUCCAGUCACCUCCUCUCCAACCUUGGCAAAUUAAGACAGCAUUUGUGAUCACAGUGCUGUGCCAUCUAUCAGUAGAUAAAAGUCACGCCCAUUAAGACUGCAUCAUUCUUGACCAAUGACAGCAUGUAAAAAUGGUUGUGUCUAGUGUUUACAAAUUUCGUGAAGCAGGAACCGAAAAUAUACGUUCACAUUCCAACUUUUACGUGAGAAACAUACCUGGGACAUUCAAUUAGUUGAUUACGAUCUUUAAAAUUGUCACUAAAUAUCGUCCUAGGUUUUUGGGGUAAAGACUUGUUGCACAAUCAGCACGUGGCAAUUGUUUAUUUACAUUUUCUACAUUUACAUGUGAUCAUCUUAAAGCAGUUUUUUUAUUGGAAGCAGCCAGUUACAACUGCGAGCAAUGGAAAUCAUUACUUCGUGGAUCCUAAAUUCUAUCUUAAUCCGCCAAGGGUGGAGAGGAGGGGACUGGAUCGUAACCCUGGGCUAGCGAAGGGGAUCUGAGAUGUGAAAGACGGAAGUUGGAAAAAACUAAACCAGUGAAUUUUAUCAGAAGAAAUUGAAAGGCAUGAGAAAAUAAUACAUUUGUUAAGGGGAAAUUUUAAAUUUUUAUAGAGAAAAGAUAAAUUUAGAUAUUGUUUGUCAAUACAAACUAUCCAUCAUUAUCUGAAUAAAUAUUCUGUCUUAUCAAGCAGUCCUUAACUAAAUCAUUGUUAGAAAUUAUAUUUUCAAAAUGUCGGAUAUUACAAUAGGGGAUGCAACUCUCACAAAGGAAAAAAGUGUUGCCUGAUAUACAUUGAGUUAUAUGAUUGAAAACAUGGAAAUAUUAUUGUAAACCGAUCAAACCUUUUAUAUAUAAGUUUUAAAAAAUAUACUUAUUUUCAUCAGGUAAUAAAUUUUGUAUGUAUAUGGCUUUAACACACUAUUUUCUUACUUUGUGAUAAUUAUUUGUUAUAUUAUUAUUUGUUGUUGUAGCAGUUUUAUUUUUUUCAAAUUAUUUUAAUAAAGAGAUACAUAUA